UCCUCCUCCUCCUCCUCCUCCUCCUCCUUCCUGCUCCGAGUGAAAACUGAGAUAGUGAGUGAGGAAAAAGCAACGGGAGGAAAGACCAUGGAGGGAGGAAGCUGGAUGUAUUAGCUGAGUUUGAACUUGUUUGUGUUUGUAGUUGUCGCGGCGUGUCACUGUGGCGGCCUCCGGUGUGUAUUUUACGUGCCCGGUGAAACGUCGUAAAUCUCGGCCGCGUUCUAACGUCCAACGGCUGUCCUGCCCGCGGACGGUUGGUUAGCACAACCCGACGAGAGUUAGCCAGCUCCGGCUAACUUAGCCCGACUCGGCUAGCGAGAAAGGACCAACAAAAAACAACAAAAACAAAACAAAAAAAGAAGUUAACGGAGAAAAGGAGUUAAGCGUAAAGUAACUAGUAAUGUUGCCUCUCGGGAUUAACUUCAGAUACGGAUGAGAAAGAAUUUGGCGACUGUGGGGGAACACCGAGAACAACUACGAGCCAGACGACCGCUGCUAUGUUGGGGUUGAUUCACGGCUCUGGCAGCCCGCCGGAGUCCCGAGGUUGGCCACACUCGGUGCUGUGGAGGCUCGGGGGCUUCUUCUUCCUCCUGCUGCUGGAAGGGGCCGGCUGCCUCGCCAACCCGAGCAGCGCUUCAGGCGUCAGCAGCAGCAACAACAACAACCACCCGAGUGUCAAUAUAUACAUGAGUGUGGAGGAGGUGAAGAAGCUUUUGGGCCUCGAUGCUGAACUCUACUACGUGCGUGACAAUGUGGUGAAUCAUUACGCUCUCUCCUUCACGCUUCCCGUGCCCAGCGAGACUAACAGCCUUCACUUCACAUGGCAUUCCAAGACAAAGGUUGAUUACCGGCUUGGCUUCCAAAUGGAGAACCCUGCUGCCAUGAACCAACCACGCAGCAACAUCUCCAGUCAGGGGGAGGUGCCUCGUGUUCCCUCUGUCUUUAGAGUGGACCUCUUCUGUUCCGGCAAGGUAGAUGGAGAGGCUGUUUUAACAGUGCAGCUCAACCUCACCAUCCAUGCCAACAACUACACAGUGCUCAACUUCAAGAGGAGGAAAAUGUGCUAUAAAAGUCCUGACCCAAAUAUUCCGACUCCCAUCAACAAUCUCACUCAUCCACGGCCUGAACUAGAUGGUGUGACCACCCCCACCACCUCCACCCAGGUGUUCUAUAUAAGCGUGAGCGUGUGCUGCAUUGUCAUCUUCCUCGUGGCCAUCAUCCUGGCCAUCCUGCACCUGCACAGCAUGAAGAGAGUGGAGAUGGAGGACAGUGUGAGCGACAGUGGAAGCUCGCAGGGCCUUUCUCAGCCGUCCACCCAGACCACACAGUACCUGAGGGCUGACACUCCAAACAACGCAGCCCCCGUCACCAACAAUCACCCUGGUUCUGCACCCAUACUCCAGCUUGCUGCCUCCUCCUUCCAAAACCCUGGUGCCCCCCCUCAUGAAACCAAAAGUUACCCAUCUCUCCGCAUAGAGAAGAAUGACCUGAGGAGUGUUACUCUAAUGGAGGCCAAAGCAAAAGUGAAAGACAUUGCCAUCUCAAGGGAGCGAGUCACACUGCGAGAUGUCUUGCAUGAAGGCACGUUUGGCCGCAUCUUCCACGGCGUGCUACUGGAUGAAAAGGACCCUACUAAGGAGAAGCAGGUCUUUGUGAAGACAGUGAAAGAUCACGCGUCUGAGGUGCAGGUGACCAUGAUGCUGACUGAAAGUUGCAAGCUUCGUGGACUUCAUCAUAGAAACCUGCUGCCCAUCAGUCACGUGUGUACUGAAGACGGCGAGAAGCCCAUGGUGCUGUUGCCUUUCAUGGCCUGGGGGAAUCUCAAGCUCUUCCUGCGGCAAUGCAAGCUCGCCGAGGCAAACAACCCACAGGCCAUCUCUCAACAAGACUUGGUUUACAUGGCCAUCCAGAUUGCUUGUGGAAUGAGCUACCUGUCUCGCAGGGAGGUCAUACACAAAGACCUCGCCGCCAGGAACUGCGUCAUUGACGACAAUAUGCAAGUGAAGAUCACAGACAAUGCCCUUGCUCGAGACCUAUUUCCCAUGGAUUACCAUUGUCUGGGGGAUAAUGAGAACCGGCCCGUCCGUUGGAUGGCCCUGGAGAGUUUGCUCAACAACGACUUCUCUAGUGCGAGCGACGUGUGGGCCUUCGGAGUGACGCUGUGGGAACUGAUGACUCUGGGUCAGACGCCCUACGUCGACAUCGACCCUUUCGAGAUGUCGGCCUACCUGAAGGAUGGGUACAGAAUAGCACAACCAAUCAACUGUCCAGAUGAACUGUUUGCAGUGAUGGCUUGUUGCUGGGCCCUGGACCCAGAGGAGAGGCCCAAGUUUCAGCAGCUCGUUCAGUGUCUCACAGAGUUCCACGCAGCGUUGGGCGCUUACGUGUGAAAAACAAGCUCUUCUCCUUCUCCUUCUCCUUCUUCUUUUUUUUUUUUUUACCAAGAACAGCAAGCUGGUGGACACUAUUCAUGUAUGAAAACGUGCCUUAUCAGAUGAACGAGCAGACUUAAACCUGAUGAUUUUAUUUUGUACAGUUCUUUUUGGAGUUUUUAUAUAGUUGAAUUACCUUUUUUACAGCAUAGCAAAGUAAAAAAGGAUUCUUUUGAAUAUUGUUUCAUAUGCUUUGAAAGCGACUAGCAAAUUACGGUGCUCUCCCCCCCCCGUUGCCAAGAUAAAGAAGGCGGAAACGUCCUCCUUCUGUACAGCACGUCAACAUUUUUGUGCCAUCGGACAAAUUUUUUUACGGAUUUUGAAGACAGUAUUUUCUACAGUUUUUUUAACUUAGUGUAAAUUGUAGAUGUUUUGUGGCAGCGGGAUGAUUUAGGUACCGAAGUAGACUUAAGGGCUUCGUUUGAAUACGUAACCACGCGUGCUCCAGCUUGGUACGAGAGGCCUCUUGGAAACCACGUUCGUGUCGAUGAUUUCCGAGACCUUUCUAACGAACGGUACAGUUUCCUCUGGAUGACACUUAAACUUUCUUCAUGGACGAGACGAAUGGACGCCAUCAGCACCGUAAAGCUACUUAUAUAAACUUUUAAACAGCAUCCGGAGUGAAUUUUGGACACUAUUAUUUGCCACCAUCUUCUACUUCUCUUAUUCUUCUUUUGUACAUUUUUAUUUCCACUAUCACAUCCUCCAAACAGAAUUAUCAUUAUGUCUCUAAUUUUUAAGCUUGAUUGUUCUGCGUCAGAACACAGCCCUUCACAGGAUUUCUUUUUGUUUGUUUGUUUGUUUUGACUGAUUUUUGUGAGUAACUAGGACACUAAUAAUCACUGUGAACACACAAAAACAGCCUUACCAGCUUGGUCUAAUCUUAUUCUCACACCUUUAACAUCUCCGUGAUGUGUCUUUUAUGGUCACUGCAUGUUGAAUUAAGGUUGUAAACUGCUUCCCGAAUUCGUAUCCACAAAUUAAAAUGGGAUCUUUUCAAUACA